CAAAUAGGGAAAUGUACUACUCAAUUGUACAUAACCUCUGUUCUCGGGAUUCGCUUCGCUUUGAGUUUCGUGUUUUCGAUGUGUCUAAUAAAAAUUCAUAAAUCUCUUGAUUUAUAAUAAUCACACAUGUCUAUUAAUUAAAUGUGAAGAAGAAUAAUGUUUGAUAUGUAAAGCAAGUUUACAAAGGUUGGUUUUGUUUAAAAGCCAAUGUUCUAAUAUGACUUUAUACGAUACCAUUUGAUCAAAGAAUGAGCGAUCGAAAGUAUAAAGUAUAAUGAAAUAGUUAUGUUGCCUUCGACUGGUUACUUUAAAGCUAUAAACUGUCCAUUCUAUGAAAAUGGAGCGUGCGAUAGACCUUACUGUCAUUUCAAGCAUUCGAAACGGGAAGAUGUUGGAGUUACCAGUACGGAGGCUACAGAGACAGUGGAAAACCAUUCCGCGGGUAAAGCUGAAGACUCUAAAGCUACUACAAUGGUAACAUCUGAUUCAGGCGUUUUACAACAAUUAGUAACAGAAGCUGUCAAAAAAGUCCUAGCUAAUCGAAGUGUCACAGAUGUAGAUAAUAAAUUGUCUUGUCAGAAUGUUGUUUCUCAGGUAGUUGAAGAAUUAAAACCAACAUUAACCACUGGAUCAUCUGGUACAGUAAACAAUGUUAAGGCCACUAUGGUGGAAGAAAGAACAAAUACACCAGCGCCAGUUAAUAUGCAACCAUGCGUUUAUAAUCCAACACCAAUUGCAGAACUAAAGAAACGUCACAUACCAAUAGUAUCUUAUAUGCCAACUAGGAAAAAUACAGUAGCUGUGAAACGUAAAUCUUCUCUGGAUGAAAUUAAACCUUGGUUAAAUAUGGGCAAUGAAUCUGCAGAAUCUCAAAGUGUUGAACUUAAAUACAAACCUACUGUGAUAAUCACACCUGAAGCUCGGGAUACUACGCAGAGUUAUAUACCUACAUGCAAAUCGGACUCACCUUCACUAAAUUCAUGUAAGGAUGGUAGUCCAAAUGAAUAUUUACUUAAACUCAGGGAGACCUAUUAUCCAAAGAGUAAAAAGAAAAGAGAAGAAUAUGUCCCAAAAAAAGUGAAAACUCGACUAAAAACGGAUGAUGGAUUAAACGAAUCUGCACUAGAUCAUAUUGAAACAGAUCUCAAUAUGAUGGAUAAAGUACUCACAUGCUCCAAAUCAACUUCUGAUGUACAGUCUAGUAAAAUAUCUCCAGAUUCUCCUAUAGAUAUCGAACCAAAAUUUUCUGACGACGAAGAAGAAGAUAGUAAUGAUCACGAUAACAUUGACGAUCAUGAUGACACAAAUAAAAAUAAUACUGCACACAUUGAUUUUAGGACUUUAGAACAAAAUGAAUCUUAUUCUGAUAUAAAAAAAUCUGACUAUGCAACCCAUUUACAGGAUACGUAUUUUCCAAAGAUAAUAGAUAGCACUGACAGAACUAUUAACAAAGAAAAUCAUAAUGAAAAAAUAUUGACAUAUAGCAAUACUCUGAAACAAGAAACUAGUGAUGAGAGUUCUAAAUCCUCACAAUGUGAAAAAGGAAAUGUACCAGAAGUAGAUUUGAAUAAAAGUACGGAUAAAAAUGUAAAGGAAUAUAAAAGCAAGGAUAAGAAUAAAGACAAAAAUCAAAGGGAUCACAGUACAUCUCAUAAAAGGUAUAAAGAGAAGCAUGAAUCAAGUAAAAGGUCGCAUUCCAGUUCGCAUAGUAAAAGUAAAAAUAAAGAUCAUUUGAGACACAAAAGCAAAGAAUCAAAAGAGAAGAAUCAUGAUAAGGAUAGGGGUAAAUAUAAACAUCAGGAAAAGGAUAAGGACCAAGAUAAAGAUGAGAGUAAACACAAAUCUAAGAGCGAUAGAAAGGACAAUCAUAGGUCUGGGAAACGUCAUGGGCAUUCCAAGAGUUCUUCGAAAGAGCACACUAAGGAUAAAAGUGAUAGAAGUAGCAAACAUUUGAAAACACAUCGUAGGUUGGAUGAUACAAUAAACAAAAAAUAUGUGGAGAGUAAGGAAAAAAAAAAUUUAUCCGAGAGAUUCGGAAAUUCUUUAGAAAGCGUUCGUCUGAAUUCUAUGAAUGACAAUGACGAAGAGAAUGAUGAUCAUCAUAGUAGUAUCAUUGGUAAUGAUAUUGAUGUAACUUUUAGCAUGUCUGAUUCAGACCAUGACGUACAAGAAGAGUGUUUAAAGAUAUUUCAGGAAUAUCAAGUACCAGUGCAAUCAAGGGUAGCAGAACCAUUGGAAGUCAGAUCAUCUGCAUUGCUCGAAAAAGAAAAGGAACAGAUAGAAGACGUUGGCAAGAAAAGAGUAGCACAUCCUUCAGCAGCUGUAUGUGUUAUCAGGCAAAUUGGAGUUAAUCAACAGGCGAGAAAAUUUGUAAAUCCACAACAGAAAAUGUACGAAAGGUGGCGUCUGAUGCGCGAUGCUGUAGCAGAAAAAACAAUUUCUGCAAGUAGUAGUGCUCCCAAGGAUGUACGUCGUAAUUGUUCCAAAGCGACAGGUACAGCGAGUAACAACGAAUUGAAGUUAAAUGGGAAUGUUCGUAUCAGGAUUGCACACGUACCGUAUGCUAAAUCCUUAGCCCUAGAAAAAAGAAAGGUAACAGAAAAUGUAGGAAAGUCAGUGGAGCCGAAAGCUGCAGAUAAUUAUAAAACAGCUGCACAAACGGCAAAGAGUGGUGUACGCAUUGCUCAUGUUCCACAAAUGGUUCCUCAGCUAAUUCGUCCUGAACCAUUACAAGUAGCUACGCAGAAAUUUCCUUUAAACGUUCGUCAGUAUUAUGUGAAUAUGAUGCAUGACGUAUGUGUAUUAAUUUACACAAGUGCCGAGGACGCAGCACAACGUGCAGUUAAAGAAGAAUACGCUUGUCACGAAAGAUGCAAAGCACUAGCUGUUUACAAAAAUUCCUGCAUGCUUGCUACGCAUAGAUUGAGAAAAGAGGCUGAUCAAAAUUCACCUGUGGAUAAUAAUGCAAUAGUAAUUCCAGGUAGUAGUACAGUUUCUCAUGAAACAGUGCUGGCUGGGAAAGCUAAAGGUUCGUGGAGUGUUCUUAAAACAAAAAGAGCCGUUACGAAAUUUAAAGGAGCAGCUUUAUAUGGUAUGCUAAAAAAAUGGAUAAUGACGGAGCAACAACUUCAAGAUAACGGGUUUCCUCGUCCACAUCCAGAUGGUCAGAAGGGUCGUGCCAAAGUCUAUGUAACUAACACACGAAAUCAAAGUGUUCUAUCAAAAGUGCCUAACGAAAGAAUUUGUAGUCGGUGUGGUCAAACUUAUAUGAUCGAUAAACGAGGAUUUGCUACGCGAUCACAGAAUUGUAUAUAUCAUUGGGGCAGGAAGUUCACAAUCAGAGGUGAAAGCAAAUACAGUUGCUGUCAACAAUAUGGUUCUGCAACUGGUUGUUGUGACGCGAAGACGCACGUUUGGGAUUAUACAGACUAUGAAAACCUUCGUGGUUACGUGAGAACUUUACCGAAAGAUACGCCGGUAGAGGAACAAGGGGUAUAUGCACUCGAUUGUGAAAUGUGUUAUACAACUCAAGGAUUGGAACUAACCAGGAUAACAGUCAUUGAUGAUGAUUGCAGUGUAGUAUAUGAGACGUUAGUGAAUCCCCAAAAUCCUAUAAUCGAUUAUAAUACAAGGUUUUCUGGGAUUACAGAGGAAAAUAUGAAGGAUGUGACAACAACGUUAUUAGAUGUCCAAGCAACAUUAUUGACAAUGUUUUCAGAUAAAACUAUAUUAGUGGGUCAUAGUUUAGAAAGCGAUUUCAAAGCUUUAAGGCUUUUGCACGAUACUGUCGUUGAUACAAGCGUGAUGUUUCCACACAAGAAUGGCUAUCCACAAAAGAGAGCAUUGAAGAACCUUUGUUCCGAAUAUUUAAGGAAGAUCAUUCAAAAUGACGUUGGUGGACACGACAGCAAAGAGGAUGCUGUCGCUUGUAUGGAGUUAAUUCUUUGGAAAGCAAAGGAAGAAGCAAAAUUACAGUAAGCGAAUCUACAAGCACUUUGUCAGAUUGAAUCGUGUACAGCUUAUGGUUUUGUGGUAUAUGAAACGAUGAUAAUUUUUUUUUAAAUUAUCGUAUGCGUUGUAUUAUAGUUUUUCAUGUAUAAAUAUGUGAUAUACAUGUGCCCGGUUAAUUCCAGAAUCGAUUAUUAUAUAAUCAUCGCUCAUCUUAGAAUUUCAUUCAUUAUUCUAAUUAUGGUAGAUACACGUUUGUUCUUUUGAUUACGCGCAAUUCAUACUUU